AUGGAAUCAUCAAAGCCAACCAGUGUGGCUGGUGGCGCUUUGCUCACAGAUAUCACCAAGGGAAGAGCGCUGAAGAAAGCAGUAACCAAUGAUCGAUCGGCCCCCAUCAUCGCCCCAACAUCGGGCAGCGGACCAGCACUUCCCGUAGGGGGCGCUCCUCCUAUUCCCGGCCUGCCCAAGGCUCCCGGAGGUCUUGCGCCGCCAGUACCCGGAAACCGUGCUCGGAGCAACAGCGAUUUGGCCGAUCGGAACCAAGGAGGAUCGACGGGCAUGGAGGCUGCGCCGCAGCUCGGGGGCCUUUUUGCUGGAGGCAUGCCAAAGUUACGGAAGACGGGUGGUGGUGUAGAUACAGGUGCAAACCGGGAUUCAUCCUAUCUUUCCGACCCGGAGUCGACAUCAAGAUCAGCCCCGAAGCCACCAACCGUCUCGGCCCCCCGCCCGCCUCCCGGAGCUGCCCCGGCGAUCCCUGGACGACCAUCAGCUCCUACGUUCCAUCCCUCAAUGGCCAAUCUCAGGAAAACUGCGAAUUCGGUAUCGUCAAAGCCACCUCCGCCGCCAGUUGGCAAGAAACCACCUCCGCCUCCGGGCUCCCGCAAGCCUUCUGCGGCUAUUCACUCCUCGGCGCCUCCUUCAGCUCCACCUCCACCACCCAUGUCCGCGCCUCCCCCGCCCUCAUUUG